GAGUCUUCUUCUCUCGUCAGACUAUCUCUGUAGCGAGCUGUAAACACCAGUCAGUAAGUUGGGGGACGUCGUUUUUAACAGGCUGCUGUAGCCGUUUAUAGAGAGUAACACAGCUCACUGUACAAGGAGAAUGGAAGAAGAUACACUAACAACGCUGAAGAUAUUGAUAAUUGGAGAGAGUGGUGUUGGGAAGUCCAGCCUCCUCUUGAGAUUCACAGAUGACACAUUUGACCCAGAGCAAGCAGCAACAAUAGGUGUUGACUUCAAAGUGAAGACUAUUACUGUGGACGGCAACAAGGCAAAGCUGGCAAUAUGGGACACUGCAGGACAGGAGCGCUUCCGAACCCUGACGCCUAGUUACUACCGCGGCGCCCAGGGAGUCAUUCUGGUGUAUGAUGUCACACGACGGGAAACUUUUACCAAACUGGACAACUGGCUCAACGAGCUCGAGACGUACUGUACGAGGAACGACCUUGUCAAAAUGCUUGUGGGAAAUAAAAUCGAUAAGGAAAACCACGAGCUAGACAGGGCCGAAGGGCUGAAGUUUGCAAGAAAACAUUCCAUGCUUUUUAUAGAGGCGAGCGCUAAGACCAGGGACGGUGUCCAGUGUGCGUUCGAGGAGCUGGUGGAGAAGAUCAUCCAGACUCCUGGUUUAUGGCAGAGCGAGAACCACGGCCGAGGAGUCCAGCUCUCCGACGAAGACGCAGGAGGAGGAAGCUGCGGCGGCUACUGCUCCCUGGUCUAGACGACACACGCAUACAUUCACACACGUGUUCAAACACACACGUGAAUACCGCACACAAGCAUACACACAAACACACAUGAAAGAACAGCCCCCCUCCCUCUGUGUGCUGUCCUGAGCUGAGCUCCUCCUCAGACAUGAAGGCAGGAGGUCCCACUGUCUCCGUCCACACACACACACACACACACACAACCUGUGUUCACACAGACUUUUUGCACACUUUCUAAUAACAACGCUGCGCUAAAAUGCAAAUGCAGCUCAGCCUUCCUCUUAAUGGAAUUCGAGCGAGUUUUUCUCUCCUCUGUUUUGUUUUGAGUUCCAGUUUUUUGCAGUCUCGGGCCCUCGGUGAAAAUACGAACCAUUCUCACGUCAUAAAUAUGAUUUAAAAUCUAGCAGUGCAGUGAAACGAGUCCAAAAGUAUAAACCAAAGGUUGUCAGACAUAUGGGGAAAAUGUCUCAAGUAUGAUAAUGAGAAUGGAAAAAGUUUUGACCGUAGGUUCUUUCUUGUCUCCAGCAUGCUUGUUGUCCUCGGAGCACCUUGCCUUAGUAAGCACAUCUGUAUCAAUGCAGGGCCGCUUUUUCUCCUGUCUUUGUCUUUCCUCCGCCCCGUCCUGUGCUUGAUCCUGAUCCUGAUCCUGCCCCCCAGACUCUAUGAACAUUAUGCUGCUUAUGGAGAAGCUUAUCAAGCCGAGGCCAUCUUGUACUCCAUCCCUCCACUCUCAGUCAAAGGCUCGGAUCAUGUGUCUCUGUUGUCCACACAACUGCCUCAUUUCUUCAGAAUAUAAUAGAGUUACCAACUGUCUGGAAUGACGUUUUACUACUUUUAUUGACUUGGACUUCAAACUUUUGGUGUGUUUUGAAGAGUGCAUAAAUCAAAGAGAUUGGCACCAGCAGGCUUUCCACUGGGUGCCGAAGAAGAGGGAACCUCUUAAAAUUGCACGCCUUUUGUUGUAACGAGUCGCUUUAAUGGAGUGCGACCUACUGGCACUCCCUCACUCAGACAGAUAAUAUCAGUAAUAACACUAGCACUACCAUGGUUUUUCAUAUAGAUCCCUUUGACUGGACAGAGACAAAGGAAAAGUGUUCAAUAUUAGACAGGGCAGUGAGUCAUAAGGGUGUUUCCACUGAAUUUGGAAAAAUCAAAGAAAAAGCUGUGUGCUCCACACUGCUGAUGGAUUUCACAGUACUCCUAUCUCUGUGUUUGUAUCCCAGAAGCAGUUAUAAAUGUACUGUACCCCCGACCUCUGACCAUGUUUGUAGUAUUCGAGUGCUGGUGUGUGAAAUUCUGGGAAAUGUUCUGAGAGUCUGAUCUUGUAACAGGGAUGGUGAAAACGACAUGGAAUCCAGCAUGUCUUAUCACACUUUUCUUUUUUUUUAAAUGUCUUUUUAAUUGCAUGGGAAACUCUGCGUGCCAUUUAUUUGUGUUUGUUUGUCCAGUGAAUGGCCUUCAGAGGCAGUUUACUAAAAAAUACUUUAACUUAUAUUUAGCAGAAAAUAAUACAUCACAUACCAUUUGAAUUGAAUGGUAAAUUAAACAAAAAGGAAGUAGGCUUUUACUUAUUUAACUGGUAUCGCUGUAUUUUUUGUCUUCAGAAAUAUGUUGAAAUGCAUAUACCUUGUAAAUUGUGUGUAUUUUAGGAAUUUGGUGGGAAAAUUCCUGUAUGAAUUGUAAAGUUGAAUGUAUGCAUAUUUCACAACAAACGGCCCUAUGUAUUAAACUCAAUAAAAUUCUUUUUUUAAGUGAA